CCCAAUACGUGCUGGAGUAGAAAAAUUGCAUAGAGCGAUAAAAGUUAUCACAUAUUGAGCAGGGGCGGUAUAGAGUAGCUGCACACUGUACACACAUAUGACGCACCGUGUUCUGACCUGUACGCACACAUAGAUGAUAGAUCUCCCUUUUUUUUCCUUUUCUCGAAUUUGUUUGUCCGUCAUUGUUGAAUCUGAACAAGUCUGAACUCGCAUCGAACAUGCCGACAGGUUCGGCAUUGACGAGCUGAACCAUGGAGACCAGACGCGUAGCUCUCAGACUCUGAACUGCCGCUGACACUGACACUUAUCUGGCUGACUUGAUCCGAUCCGAUGGGUGUAUGAUUGUGCAGGUUCAUCGAGAGGUACGGGCCGGGACGCAUGUGGUCGUGGGGCUGAGCAUGGACGGGCAGGACGUGGUGUACGUGAAGCAGCACGAGUCGUCGGCGCUGUCGCCGUCGGAGAUCAAGGCUCGGCGACCAGCUCUUCACCGGGGCCUGCGCCAUGCCUCCCCUGCGCGGCAAGUCCAAAGACAAGCUCAAGAAUUCUCACGGUGAAACACUGAAAUGGUGCCAGAUGCCGGAGGCCUUCAACGUGUUCGAUGCCCAGGUAGCACAGCAGCGGCUUCAAGCACAGGGAUCACUACACCACGCUGGUAUCUUCCAAAGAGGUAACAGUUGUUACGAUCUUGUGACCAAAGUAGGCAGAGAGCAUUUCGCUGAGGUUAUGAGCUGGUUCUUCUUCAGGGCGUGACGGUGAUCUACUCCAAGAGGGGUGGCCGGUGGGAACACGACGGUGGGCAGCCACUCAUCAAGGGCGUCGCCGGCGCCGGCGUCGGCUACCUCUCGCACGCCAUGAACCUCUAUCUCAGAUGUAAGAACACCAUUGCCAUCUGCCAUACACAUUUGGGUCGCACAAGUGGCCAUCAGGUUUAGUUAACAAGUAACUACUAAGAAUACGAUGAAAUAGUGCACUGAGAUUGACUUUACCACAGAGCUAGGCAUCACCACUGGGUGUGCAAGAAAGAAGGCAUGGUGAUGAGGAUGUCCACGCACGUGCACCAACCGCGCCAACUAACUGGGAAUUCUACUAGAAUAAAGCUACAACACUAAGGCCACGGUUGGAGAUAAGAUAACAAAUCAUUGAUGAUGACCCAUCACAAGCACAAGCCUGUGCUGCUCCUAGUUGUAGGAUUUCGCUGCUGCACCUACAAGCUCAGCUUAUAAUUUCGGUGAAAAGACAAGAGCACAUGUGUCUUUUUUCAGCUUAUAAUAACGAAUCAUAUUUGACAUGGUUCUAGUCAUUUAGGGUUUUUCUUUUGAAGGGUCUCAUCAGCUUCCAUUAAUUGGCCCGGCAGACACAUACCAGCACUGCGUGUAUAAAGCGAGGGCAUGGUGAAUCUGCACAUCACAAAGCUAUACCACAGUACGAGUUGUACGACUACGGGUUGGAGAUAAACAGACCUAUACGAGAUGAUGACCCAUCACGAGCACAAACAGGAUGUGCUGCUCCAAGUUGUAGGAUCAUUGCUGCUGCUCGUACAAGCUCAUCAGCUCAUAGUCCCGUCGUCAGCUGCCCGGCCGUGUCUUCCCGGCCAGGCGGCGGCGCUGCUCCGGCUGAAAGGCUCCUCCUUCGCCACCACCAAGGCGUCCAUCACCACCUUUGCGUCGUGGAGGGCUGGCACGGACUGCUGCAGCGGCUGGGACGGCGUCGGCUGCGGCGACGGCCAUGGCGGCGUCACUUCCCUGGACCUGGGCGGCCGCGGCUUGCUGAGCGCCGCCCUUGGUCCCGCCAUCUUCGACCUGACAUCGCUCAGGUAUCUUAACCUCGCCCACAACGACUUCAGCGGGUCGGAGCUCCCAUCCACUGGGUUUCAGCGCCUCACCCAGCUUACCCAUCUCAACCUCUCCAACGCAAACUUCUCUGGCAUGAUUCCAGCAAACAUCGGACGCCUCGUCAACUUAGUCUCCAUCGACCUCUCCGCCACCCCAUUUUUACUGCAUGAUGGUGAUUCCUCUGGUAACGUUUACCGGAAUAACUGUAGUAACAAUUCAACCUCCGGACUCACAGCACCAAAACUCAAAUCGUUGAUCGCAAACCUCAGCAAUUUGAGGGAGCUCCGUCUUGACUCUGCUCGCCUGUCUGACAAAGGGACAGAGUGGUGCAGGGCUCUAGCCAAGUACACUCCAAACCUUGGUGUUCUUAGCUUGCAGUCCUGUUCUCUCUCUGGCCCCAUCUGUGGCUCGUUUUCUGCCUUGGGCUCUCUUACCACACUUGAUCUACGACGUAACAUGCUGUCUGGUCCAUUCCCAGGUUUCUUUGCAAAGUUGCCCUCUUUGAGAGUGCUCCAACUAAGCGAUAAUGAUCUUCAAGGACGGUUCCCCUCGAUCAUCUUACGGCAGACCAAGCUAGUGACGGUUGACCUUAGUCGUAACACGGAUCUCUCUGGCAAUUUGCCAAGGUUUUCAGCUGGCAGCAGUUUGGAGAAUCUUCUUCUACGGGGUACCAACUUCUCAGGUGAAAUCCCAAGCUCCAUUGGCAAUCUCAAGUCUCUCAAGGAACUAGACCUUGCUGAAGCUGGAAUCUCAAGCUCAGACGGACGUGGUUUUUCUGGAACCCUUCCCUCUUCAAUUGGUAAGCUCAGAUCCUUGGAGUUGUUAGCCUUAUCUGGAUUUGGACUUGUAGGAUCCAUGUCACCAUGGAUUGCGAAUCUAACUUCCUUGACGAUCCUUAAACUCUCCAAUUCUGGCCUCUCUGGAUCGAUACCUUCAUCAGUGGGAGGGUUAAAGAAAUUGAAAGAACUAACACUAUCUAAUUCCAAAUUCUAUGGAAACAUUCCUUCAUCUAUCUCAAAUUUAACCCAACUGAGUACCCUCAACCUCCAGUCCAACAAUUUUUCUGGAACAGUACAACUUUCAUUAUUCAUGGGAUUACCAAACCUGUCCAUAUUAAGUCUAUCAAAUAACAACUUGUCUGUAGUAGAUGGAGAGGACAUCACUUGGUCACCUGUGUAUCCAAGAAUAAAGUCCUUAGGUUUAGUGUCAUGUGGCAUGGAGAAAUUACCAAAAUUGCUGAGGUAUCUAGGUCGUAGUCGUGCAAACUGGCUUGAUAUUUCACAGAACCGAAUCCGAGGAGCCAUACCUCAGUGGGCGUGGGAAAAUUGGUCAGGCUCUCACUUUCAUUAUCUCAACCUAUCACACAACUACUUUACCGGCUUUGUUGGACUAGAGACCUCUCUUCCCUUUUCUAUUGACCGUUUUGAUCUUAGUUCCAAUAUGUUUCGAGGACCAAUGCCUUUACCCCAAAACCUCAGCCAAGGCGCGUUAGAACUUGAUUACUCAAGUAACAUGUUCUCAUCCAUAGCACUUCACUCUUCCACUAAAAUUUCCAUUUUCAAGGCCUCCAGAAAUAACCUCUCGGGAAGUGUUCUAGCAUCUUUUUGUGGCGUCAAUAAUCUAGAAAUCCUUGAUCUCUCUUACAAUAACCUUACUGGUCCAAUCCCUUCUUGCCUGAUGGAGGGUACCAAUGAAUUGCGGGUGAUAAAUCUGAAAAAGAAUCGACUUCACGGAGAGCUGCCUCAUAACAUAAAUGAAAGUUGCUCAUUGGAGGUGCUAGACUUUGGUGACAACGACAUCAAAGGAAAAUUGCCUAGAUCUCUAGCUGCUUGCUCUGAAUUGGCGGUCUUCGAUAUUCAAAACAAUCAGAUCAGCGAUUCUUUUCCAUGUUGGAUGAGCACACUUGGUAGGCUUUAUGUUCUUGUGCUAAAAUCUAAUGAGUUCUUUGGACAAGUGGGACCUUCUGCAGAAGAUAAAAAUAGUUGUGAAUUUCCACGCAUAAUGAUUCUGGAUCUAGCCUCAAACAACUUCUCCGGCACGCUGACAGAGGAAUGGUUAACGAACCUGACGUUCAUGAUGGGCGAAGCUGGGGCCUUGGCACUGCCUGCGUUGACAACUCAGUCUUAUUCUGAUGAAACACGAAUAUAUGAAGUUACAAAUGAACUCACAUAUAAAGGGUCAGACCUCACAAUGGAAACGGUAUUUCGGGUCCUUUGGUUCCUUGAUGUCUCAAACAAUGAUCUUCAGGGAAGCAUCCCUGCGGCUAUUGGGGAACUUGUUGAGUUAAACAGUCUCAACAUGUCGCACAAUUACCUAACAGGGCCGAUUCCUAAGUUGGGUAAUCUGAAAUGGUUGGAGGCUUUGGACCUGUCUUCCAAUGAGCUCUCUGGAGAGAUCCCUCGUGAACUAGCAUCGCUGGACUUCCUCACAACCCUCAACUUGUCAGACAACAAGCUGGUGGGGAGCAUACCAGAGUCACCUCAUUUCAUGACAUUCAGCAAUAGCUCAUUUCUUGGGAACAGCGGGCUGUGCGGAACUCCGUUGUCAAACCAGUGCAUGAUCAACAGAACAAUGCAAAGUGCGGUGCCAUAUCAUUCCAAGAAGAAUCCUGUGGACGUGAUGCUGUUCCUCUUUUCUGGGAUUGGAUUCGGAGUAGGGUUUGCGAUUGCAGUUGUAGUGGCAUGGGGAAUACCCAUCAGGAAACGGUCUUGAGGAAGAAAAAAAAAAGC